AUGCGCUUCUCCACCCCCCUCCUUACCACCCUCCUAGCCCUCCCCCUUCUCUCCAUCGCGUCACCCUCGCCCGCCCCCAUAUUCGCCAGUACACAGAUAAUCGCCCAACGAGACCUCGCCAUCAUCCCCGAAAUCGACAAGAUUACCGACGGCCUCGUGCCCAACCUCGAAACAGUCAUCAAGAGCGCCACCGAUGCGAUUGGCGCAGUACUCGCGUCCGCCGAUUUUACCCUCCUCACAUUUGAGACGCUUGUCGCUGCGCUCCUCGCUGCUGUCGGGCUAAAUGUCAAGAAAUUUGUGGAGGAAUUGCUGGAGCUUGUUAAAGUGGCGGAGGAGGCGAGUUGA